AAAAGUUGUUAACGAGUGAGUGACCUUGUGUUUGCAACGUGUUGAUGAAUAAAUUGUCUGAGUUCAAACAAUAAUAUUUGUAUUGUUGAGUUUGUUUGUAAACAAUGGCCGCCUCCAAUGCAAAAUACGCCGUCGCUGCCGGCACAGGCGAAGUUCCAGGUUUGGACCGCCUCGUCCACCUAGGAACAGUCAACAUUGACCAGCGAGGGUCAGGGUAUAAAGGCAACAAGUACACGGUACACAGUGAAGGUCAGCUGCUGUUUAACUUGAAGGAAGAUGGCCACGCCUUCACCUUCCUUAACCAUGGGAAGACAAGAGGAUUCCACAUGGAUGGCGUGGAUAAUAAUGGGAAACAGGUGUUCGUUCUCCGUCGGCCUGGGGUGCUGAUGUCGGACAAGGUGGAAUUGUACAUGGGAACAAAGGUGGUCAGCAUCGUCCGGAAGGAACCCACACUCAUGACGCCUGUCUUCAGCAUCAACAACGCACACGACGUCCCCACACUACGCCUCAAGGGAGAAAUCACCGACUAUGAUUUUCAGUUGCAGACGAUGAACAAGACAAGCAUUGGUUCCAUCAACAAGAAGUUCCGCGGCAUGCUAAACGAGAUGUUUUCCUACAACGACAGCUACGUCAUCAAGUUCCCUAAAGACCUGGACGUGCGGUUCAAGCUCGCUGUUAUAGCGGCCUGCGUCUUAAUUGAUUACAGGUACCACGAGAGUUAGUGAAGAAGGAGUGUUUUUUAUUUAUUUUAUUUUCUUUUUAUUCAUUUUUUUAUUGUUUUUUUAAUUAAACGUUGCCCCA